CCUGUUUGUUUACACAUGGUAUGUUCGUGUCUACGCAUGUGUGCCCUAUUUUUAGCCAUUGCUGUUCACGAUAUCAGAUUUCAUGUUCAUGUUCAUGUAGGGAGAGACUGCAGAAAUGCUUUAGGAAUAUUCCCACAAGAUGAUGCAGCAAGCUAACAGAACAUUCGCCCUCAUUACCGCCUGCAUUUCAUGCACAGCACUCUGUACGACAACACUAACCUGCCCUGAUGUAACAUACCUUGGUGGUUCUGCUCAACUGUCAUGCUCCACGUCGUCACCUUACAAUAUCCUCCAAUACAGAGGACCAAACGGCUCAAUUGCCCCACAGUGUCAUGCAAACAUGUCUUUGUGUUCACCUGUGGAGGGAUUCAACGGAAUCAUUAUCAACACCACUCAUACUAUUCUGAAGAUACUGAAAGUACAGUCAAGACAUGAAGGGCUGUGGACGUGUUUGACUGGUAAUACUGGAGGAUCUGCAUCUUGUGAGCUCCGGGUCAAAAACAAGGGACCAGCAGCUGGAAAUGAAACAGGAACAUCAUGGAUUACUAUAUUAGCUGUUGUCGUCCCUUUGAUUGUGAUACUCAUCGGUGUUAUCGUCGCUGCAUGUGUCCUGAAAAGAAGAAAACAGCAGAGUAACAGCGAAAAAGUCAGAUCAGAUCAGAUAUCAAGAGAAGAAAUUGAACCAACGUAUGACACGAUACCGGAGCCAAAGCAUGACACGGUAACUGACCCAGUCAGUGAACAAAGCGAAGCCAUGGAAUCAUCGAAUCCCACACAAGCCACAGGAGAUGUCAGCCCGUAUGCAUGUGUAGAUAUUGUCUCUAAACCAAUAACAACAGUCCAAAACCUAGUCUCAGUUUCCAACCGAGUAAACAAUUCCGAAACAGAACAGGUCAUUAACAGGUCAGAUUCGAUGAAGAAUGACGAAUCUGAAAAGAAAGUCGAUGAAAUGUAUGCCACUGUGAACAAGAGGAAAGACAGAGACAAGAAAGGAAGAUGUUGAAACUUAUACCACUGUGAUUAGGAAAAAAGAAACAAACAGGAGCUGAACGAUAAGUGUAUAUCAGAAUUAUGUACAGAAUAACCUGUACGUAAAAAGGUGUGAAAAUAUAAGUUUAUAAAAAGUCAGUGACAUAUAGUUGUAUUCAAUUUAUGUACAUUUGCUGCUUUGUUGUGUAAUACCAUAUUCGGCCGGUAGUCUAUAAAUACAAUGAUCAAUGACCCUGCAGUUGGCGAUGACCUGAUAGUCACUCAGCUUUGACACAUGGUAUACCUGUUCGUCGUUUACAAGAAGCAUAGGCUACUGAGGACAGAUGUCUCUACUUCCAAGUUACGUGUACGGGGAGUUGUGACCUAGGUAAUAGCUUUUUUCCUAAUAUUUGUUCAUAUAGAUUGAGAUCCUUAAAUUGAUUUCCUCCUGCCUGUGCAGGUUUUGAUGACCCAAACGUGUAUUGUGAUAUUGUUGUUUCACACAAGAUUCCAAGGAUUUCAACCAGUUUAUUUCAUGAAAACAGAAGCAUCUGUCUGGCGUAUGCAUCAUUUUAAGGCAACAAUCUAAGUGAUAGUCAUAUAUUCUCUGAUUUGUUAUCAUCGUUAUUGCUUUAUCAUAUACAAUUUAUAAAAUUGUUAUCAUUUUAUAACAUCCACAACGGCAUCCACAAUCACACCCAUAUUCGCACAAGCAACCACAGCCACCAAAUACGUACAUCAUUUAUGCCGACAUACAAUUAAUGAUCUCAGAUUAAAUUAUUUUUUUAUGCAAUUGCAACGAUUUAUAUAAUAACCAUAUCUGUCACAGAAUAAACGUGUCUCUCAA